AUGAGGGACCCGCCGUUGUUCCUGAACAACGACCUGCUGGUGACGUGCAUCAUGGUCUUCUUCCUGUUCUCCGUCGUCUUCGACCCGUACGUGGUCAACUUUAUCAAAACGCCACACCUGUGGAAGGCCAUGGCUCUGCUGUCGACCACGAGCCGCAUGAACAAGAUCUGCUUCAUCGUCGACUACGCCCUCACCAAGUUCCCCCCCAGCCCGUACUACCCUAUCGCUUUGUUCGGACCCAUCAUGAUCGGGCUUGCGCGUGGUAUCGGCGGAAGCCUGGUUCCCGCCGACAAGGGUCUGUCGAGCAUCAGCAAGGACCUGCCUUGGGCCGUUCAGCUCUGCUUCUCGGUGGCGACCUUCUACCACGUCGUCGCCAACGACACGUACAUCCUAGGAGGGAUGGUUCGCGGUGCCCUCGGCCUGGAGAACGCGACCCGGGAAGAUAUCCGCCUGAUCGCGGUGACCUUCGGCGUUGUCGUGACCGUGAUCCAGACGUACUACGCUCCCAAGUUCAACCCCUUCACGCCGGCACACCAGGCUCUCUACACCGUAACCGGCAUGCCCAAGACGGCCAUCACGAUCGAGGUGCCCCGGAGCACUCCCUCCACCGACGCCGACAAGGCUAAGGACAACGGUGGCAACGGCGCCGAGGAGGCCAAGGACAAGGAAAAGAAGGAGGGGGAGGGGGGGGGGCUGUACGACCUCAAGACCCGCAAGAAAAUCCAGUCAUUUCUCGAGGCGCUCAAGCCGGUAGGCGUGGCUGCUGUGGCCGUCUUGGCGCUCUACUCCCGCCAACCCCCUUCGACCAUCAUCCCCGGGGUGGUCGUGAAGGCGGGCGGGUCGGGCCUGGCAUCGUGCGCCUUCUUGCCUAAGGUGCUCAGCAACGGGUGCACCCCUCUUCGGGCUGCCGUGACGGAGACGGGGUCCCUUGUGGUCUACAGGGGCAAGGAGGUGCCCGUGUUGCCGGCCGCAAAGAAGAAGGUGGAGGGUGAUGAUGGCCCCGAGGUCCUUUGGUCCUCUCCCGCUCCCAAGAAAUUGGCGGCCGAGGAUGAAGUCCAACUAGACCUGAGCGAGGACGGCAUCCUGAGCGUGAUGGCCGGCGACAAGAAGCUGUGGUCGAGCACCCUCACCACGCUCGGGAAGCGUCUCCCGAACUUCAGAGUGGAAGCAAGGCUUGACGCAGUAAAGGGGGCCCUAGAGGUCUACAAGGGCGGACAGCUGCAGUGGAGCUCGGCGGGGAAAUAGGUUUUUUAUCAUGACUCAAGCCCUCAUUUUGGAGUUGUGGAAGGGGAAAAGAGGCAAAUCUGCUCUGCUGCUAAGGAAGAUAGAUCGUAGACAGUUCCUCCUUUAUAGCAUCAGGCGGUUUGAUUGUUGUGGGAAGACUCCUGUUCGAUUUUCAGGAGAUUGGUCAUUUAGAUGCCGGUUAAUUUGCUUGGUCGCUUACCUUCGCGUAGCUGUGUUUUGGGAAUUAAAUUCUGCGGUUUGUGGUCAGGGCCGAUCAGUCGGUGCCCCCAUGGCGAAGAUGCGCUUCAUUCGGCACCGGUAGAAUUUUGUAGUGUUGUCCCCUGGCCCGUCGAUCGCAACCGGUUCCUAGUUGUAGGUGCAAACUUGAUGCGUGUCAAAUUAUUCAAGUAACCCCACACACCACCACUCUGAUUUAGCAUUCAGUAUUGCGGGAUUGGGGCUCAAUUUUUUCCGUUGGGAGGAACAAGGGCGUUGGCUCGUUGGGGUUCGGAAAUGGGCGUACAAUGUUGUCCCUGUUUUCUUGUGGUUUGGUCUGGCUUUUUCAUGUACUAGAUGCUCUUGACGAGUCCCCCACGGACAAUCCUUCCAUCUGUGGGAUCGAUUUUCUUUUUUUGGUCCGGCAGUGCGCGUGCUAUUUUUAUAUUUAUAUGGCGUUCUUGACGUCUGGUACGUUGGUGGGUCGAGAAUGAAGAUGGAACUAACCCUUGUGAUGGAAGAUCGGUCUUUUAUGCAUAUUGUAGCUCUCCCGAAUGGCAUCUGAUUCAUGGGUUUGCGUAUGGUGUGGGAAGUUUUAUUCAUGCACUUAUGCAAGUGCGUACGGUAUACGCGGCACAUGUUUUGGGUGAUGGUGUGUCGCAGUUACGUUUAGGCGAGGUGUGUCAAGAAACUGCUAUUGCAGCAUACUCAAAAGCAAUGCUUGCUCGAUUUCGCGCAAGGCUUUUUCCGAGUAUGUUUUUUGUUUUCCUGUCGUAGGGAAGAUUUUGGAACCUCAGGCAGGCACUUGGUAGCACGUAAAUUGUUGUGCGAGUGUUUAUCUUGUGAUUGCGGGUAUGCCGUUUGUUUUUGAUUUUCCCACGCCUUUCCUUUCUGCAUCAGGACAGCCAAGGGGUGGUCUCAGGGGGGGGGGGGGG